AUGUACGAAACAAACGACUCCAAUAUGGCGAAUGUGAGGGAUAGUGAUACGUCGUUGUGGCUUCAUAACAAGCUUGGAACGUCAAAUGAUAGCUGGACUGGAAGCUCAAUUUGUUCACAACUCAAUGCAGAAGUAUUGCGGAACAUCAAAGACUGUUUUCCAGAUCUUCAAACGCAAGUUAAACUCAAACUACUCCUUUCGUUUUUCCACAUACCGAGACGGAAUGUCGAGGAGUGGCGUGUGGAACUGGAAGAGAUUAUUGAAGUGGCAUCACUGGAUAGUGAGCUAUGGGUAUCAAUGUUAUCCGAAGCGAUGAAGACUUUUCCUUCCACUGGUUCUUUGAAUACAGACAUCACAGACCUAGAUGAACAUAGACCUAUUUUUGGGGAGUUAGUUAAUGAUCUUCGAAAACUCUUGAAAAAGCAGAAUGAUCCUGCUAUGCUUCCAUUAGAGUGUCACUAUCUUAAUAAGACUGCACUUACUUCAGUGGUUGGUCAACAGCCAACACCAGUUAAGCAUUUCACUUUGAAGAGGAAACCAAAAAGUGCCGCUUUAAGAGCAGAGUUGCUUCAGAAAAGUACAGAUGCAGCGAGUAAUUUAAAAAAGAGUACUGCUCCUACGGUGCCUGUAAGGAGUAGAGGAAUGCCUAGAAAAAUGACUGACACCACGCCACUAAAAGGUAUUCCCAGCAGAGUUCCAACAAGCGGUUUUCGAUCGCCAGCUCUCACAAGUUCUUCAAUGUCUAACAGAACACCUCUUAGUAGUAGAAUCCGUAAAGAUGGUGGUAUUAAAUUGUUGGACAUUAACGAGCAACCAAUUGGAUAUGCUCAAGCAAAGAAACGAAAGAGAAUGAUGGAAUUAGAGGAGCAGCAAAAGAAAGUUGCAGAAGCUCAGGCAGCUGCAGCUGCUGCAGCAUCGACGACGGCGACAACAACAACAGAAACAUCAACUACACCAGAGUAUGCUCAAGGAUUGGCUUCAAUUAAUCCACCCGCUACGCCAGUUACUCCCGUGGUGUCUGUACAGUCUUAUGUAACACCUACCACACCAAGUGGAGCAUCAACAGUAACUACUCCACCUACCCCAACAACCCCGACGACACCAACCACUCCAAGUACAAUAGUACCACCGGUCACGACACCAACGGUUAUUACACCGGUAGAAAGUACACCCGUUGGGGUGCAAACCGUUAGACCAGCUCAAACCGUUACGCAGAUUCGUAUACAAACUACUGCGCAACCAGCAAAUGCAGCUGCCAAUACAAGAAAGGGUUUAUCUCUUACACGAGAACAAAUGUUAGAAGCACAAGAAAUGUUUAGAACAGCUAACAAAGUUACUAGACCAGAGAAAGCUCUUAUUUUAGGUUUCAUGGCUGGCUCCAGGGAUAAUCCUUGUCCGAAAUUAGGAAAUAUAGUCACAGUAAUGCUGUCAGAGAACAUCGAAGAGGUAACACAACCGGAUGGAACCACUGUACCGAUGUUGGUUGAAACGCACUUUCAAAUGAAUUACACGAAUGGCGAGUGGAAGAGGAUAAAAAAGAAUCGACGAAUCGUGACGGAAGAAUCGACGUCUACGACGACACCAGCUCCUAGUGCAACUGCCACGGCUUCCAAUUAAGACAAAAAAAGAACCAAAAUGAUUGUGGUCAGACCAAGAUUACAUAGGUCAAUCACUCUGUCGUUACUUGAAUGACGUUUUUCUAUGCUGCAGAGUCUGUCUUUAUGUAUAGUAAAAAAAGAAUUGAGUGUACGAAACACAAUAUGGCCUAUGUGUCCCGUAUGGUGUAAACAGACUUGUAUAUCACGUUUCUGUAUUUAAGCUUCGAAGCAUGUACAUGUUGAACAUAUAAUGUGGACGAACUGUUAUGUUGACCGAAAAUACAUGCAACAAAAAUUAUGACACUCCGUACUCGUUUUGCUGAAGAGAGUACGUAAUAGACUUCAGUUUUCUUUUUCUAUUGAACAGAAUUUUGUUCAACAUCAUAUGCAAUUGGUUCAGUUAUUACGAAAGCAUAAAUAUUUGGUCCCUUCGGCCGCAUGUCUGGUUCCACCGACGACGAACCAACUUUUAAAGCAAUUAUCGCCCGAUUAGAAAGUCAAAUGCUAUUUAUUGGUAGAUAGUGUAAUAUCUUCCAUUUUAGGAGCAACCAGACACAUUUAAUUUAAACGCAAUGAUUAUC